CAUCAUCAACACCUAAGGUCAUCUAAGAAAAAAAAAAACUUACCUCUUCGCUUCUUCCAACAGUAAAAAAAAUCAACAUGCCAUCCACCUCAACCACCGUUGCAGCCGGAGCAACAAAUAAGCCCACUUAUGGAACCAACAUUCACUACCAGCCAUCCCAACGAUCCGUCACUGUUUACGACCAAGAGAGCUUCUUUGUCCAACCCAAGGUUGCACCAGGCACCAGUCUUGGUCUUAAGAGUGCUAUCCAAAAAACCCCUUUGCUCUUUCAGCCAUUCACUAUCAAGGAUCUUACAAUUGCUAACCGAUUAGUGGUCGCACCCAUGUGCAUGUACUCAUCCAGGGAUGGCUUCGUAACCGAUUUCCAUUUAGCUCACUUGGGUUCGUUUGCAAUCAAUGGAGCUGGUCUGAUCAUUCAGGAAGCUACUGCAGUUGAACCCCGUGGUCGCAUCAGUCCUGGAGAUGCUGGUAUUUGGUCAGAUGAUCAUAUUUCUGGCAUCAAGCGGAUUGUUGACUUUGUGCAUGCUCAAGGAUCAAAGAUCGGUAUCCAGCUUGCCCAUGCAGGCCGUAAGGCUUCCACUGACGCCCCUGCAAAUACACAAGUCAUCCCUGAAUCUGAAUACUGGAACGAUGAUGUGGUGGCCCCUUCGGGUGGACCUGAACUCCAAUGGGACGAUAAGCACCGUAUCCCUCGUGCACUAUCGAUCGAAGAAAUCCAAGAUAUCGUUCAGGCAUUCGGAGCUGCUGCUGCUCGUGCUGCAAAAGCUGGUAUGGAUACUGUGGAGAUCCAUGGAGCACACGGAUAUUUGAUUCAUAACUUUUUGUCUCCCAUCACCAACAAGCGUACAGACAAGUAUGGAGGCUCGCUUGAGAACCGUGCCCGCUUCUUGCUCGAGGUCAUCGAAGCUGUCCGUGCCAACUUCCCUGCUGAAAGGCCCAUCUUCCUUAGAAUCUCUGCUUCUGACGCGGUGGAACAUCUGGAUAUUGAAUCUUGGGAUAUUGAACAAUCUGUUCAACUGGCUCGAUGGGUCAAGGAUGCAGGUAUUGAUGCGAUUCAUGUCUCAUCUGCAGGAAACACAUCUUUGCAAAAGGUCACAUAUUCACCUGGAUAUCAAGUCCAUUAUGCUGAACGUAUUCGGAAAGAAGUGCCUGGUUUGGUGGUUAUCGCCGUAGGAUCCAUUACUAGUGGUAAACAAGCCGAAGAGAUCUUGCAGGAGGGAAAGGCUGACCUCAUCGCUGCGGCCCGUGCUUUCUUGAAGAGACCUUCUUUUGCAUUGGACGCAGCCCGUGACCUUGGCGUUGAACCUGCGUAUUCACUUCAGUAUUUUGCUGCUAAAUACGCUUAA